UCCGACCUCGUGAGCAGAGCAAGCACACUCGAGAGUCUGGCUUUUAUCUUCAACUCCCACCUUUCGCAAGCAGGCGCUCAAGGAGUCCGACCUGAAUCCUCAACUCACGAACAGUGCAAGCACACUAGAGAGCUGCUAGACCGCGCGAGAGGGAACACCGAACAGAGCAAGCACGGGAAAGGGUGAUUUCAGCUGGUGCUACGUAUGCGGAUAACGUCGUGAGCCGGGGAAGAGACGGAGUGAUAUAUUUGAGCAGAUAUGGCCGCUGCGGCAGCGGAGUCGAAGGAGUCACCGGGAAAUAACCCAGGUCUCAUUUCGGUGAAGGACGAGGCUACCAAGGAAUAUUUCUUGCAGCAAACAAUGCUUCGAGUUAAGGAUCCUAAGACCAGCCUUGAUUUCUAUUCCCGUGUGCUGGGAAUGUCCUUGCUGAAGAGGUUGGAUUUUCCAGAAAUGAAGUUCAGUCUCUAUUUCUUGGGUUAUGAGAUCAUAUUUCAUGAUGAGCAGGAUACAGCUUCAGCACCAGCUGACCCAAAAGAGCGGACAAUUUGGACUUUCGGCCAAAAAGCUACACUUGAGUUGACACAUAAUUGGGGCACAGAAAGUGAUCCUGAAUUUAAGGGCUACCAUAAUGGAAAUUCUGAACCUCGGGGUUUUGGUCAUAUAGGCAUCACAGUUGAUGAUAUCUACAAGGCAUGUGAACGAUUUGAACGCUUAGGAGUUGAGUUUGUAAAGAAACCUGAUGAUGGAAAAAUGAAAGGCAUUGCAUUUAUCAAAGAUCCUGAUGGUUAUUGGAUUGAAAUUUUUGACCUUAAAAAAAUUGGGGAGGUUACGGCAGUAGCCUCUUGAAAGAUCCAAGACUCUAAAGAAACUAGCUUACUCUGAAGGAGGCGCAGUUCUUUCAAGAGGGUUAAAAUCCCUUCGUCAUUGCUACUCAAUCAAGUGUUUGGUAUUGCUUCUUCUGCUUCGAUGGUGUCUUAUGCCUUCAUUUCUCUCUGAGAAUCUCUACCCAGAAAAAUAAAACCUGGAGGAUUCAAUAUCACAAUAUAUAAAUGGGAAUUCAGUUAAGAUGUUUGGUUGAAUUGUAACUUGUUUGCACCUACUUGCUGAAAGCUUUAUCUUUCUUAUUGUCUAAAAAUUUACUUUGUUUUGCAAGUAAAGUCUCUGAAUAUCUUGGUGAGCUUCAAAAUAUCAUGUAUAACACGAACAUUGAUGUAAAUCCUAAGACUUAGCUCAAAGAUAUUUUGGCAAGAAUUUUUUUAA